CUGAAGUGCAUGAGACCUCAUUGGACUAGACUGAAGACAGCUCAAGUAUAAUUUACAACUUUUUUUUAUUCCUCAAAAUCUUUAUCAUCGUAUAAUUGCUCCAAUAAAUCGCUGUCAAGAUGGGUUCCAGCGCCAAAAAGAAGAAGGAGAAGAAGAAGGAUUUUCAGAAACCCAAGUAUAAAGUAGGCAAAACUGCUCCCAAGGCUUCGAACUUCACAGAUACCAGCUUCAAAUCCAGAGCAAUUGUAAUGAACCAGCAGUCAUUAUCAACUGCUGCUCCAGACGUUGUUCAACAAUUCAAGCAUAAUCUUUCUCUAGCUUCAUCCUCAAAGAAUGAUAAACAGCGCCGCGAUGCCUUGGCUUACCUCACCAGCCAACUCUCCUCACAACCUCCAGUCAACCCCGUUGGGACGAACAACAUCCUCUCCAAAGUUCUCCCUCUCAUCUCAGAUAGAUCAACACCAGCUCGGAGCCAGCUGCUAAAGCUCCUUCAAGCACUUCCAAAAGACGAAGCAAAGCACAGCACUAGGGAAGCCAUCACAUUCAUUCGCGCUGGCAUGACCCAUCUCUCGGCUGAUAUUAGCAACGAUUCACUUGGAUUUUUGGAGUGGCUUCUUGAUGUGGCUGAUGACGACCUUGUCGGCAUCCCUGGUGGAUGGUUCAAAACUUUGACCACAUUCUGCGUUAUUAUGGGCUGGUCUCCAUCAUCAUCAGCGGCCGGAUGGACAUCGGCUCCAAGGACGGGGCCUCAAGCAAAGGGCGCCCAGGUCCUCGCACGCCAGAUGUCAUUAUUGUCCAGGUUCAUCCAGAUAGGGAUGAAGCCGGUUAUCCCUGUUAUUCCCAGUCGUCAAGAUUACUGGGACAACCUUUACAGAAUACCUCGCGAUCCACAUGCCUUUGAAUACCUGAACCUCUUUGGAGGGACGCGAGACGAAGCGAACGAGAUGCACACAACUCGAGAAGCAAGGCAGGAAGUUUUAUCCCGGAAGUUCUUGGAUCCCAUUUCAAAGGGUAUCGAGAGAGCGAAGAAGGAGGGCGGAGCAGUAGGUAGAGCAGCUACUGAACUUGAUCAAGUAUUGACGGAUAGGAUGCGAGACUAUACUGCUUCAGAACUGAUCACUGACCAAUACUUAUUGGAUCUGUGGUAAAGAAUAUUGGCUGAUACCCUCUGUAAUAAUCUCUAUUAGAAGCAAAGCUCACAAAGGAAUGCUUCUUCUUCUUCUCUCUUUUUUCUUGGCCUCUGGCGCACACACAUAUAUUCACGGCGUAUGAUAUAGGAAAUUAUUAUUCAGCACCCCAGCUGUAGCUAAUGUCUCGAAACUACAGCUGUUUUAAUCUUCUUCAACUGCUCCUACUGCUUCAAGUGUUAUAUAGUUGCUAAAUACUUCUUUUAUAUGGACUGACUGCCUCGUUAGGCCAAGGCUGGUCUGCUGGAAAACGAAAUUGGGGCGCUGAAAAACAAGUCCCAUUUUAUAGCAAGGCUUGUUGUAUUAUUCAUGCAAUGGGUAUAACAACACUGUUGAUUCUGGAAAAAUAUGGGUAGGCCAAACUGGAGCACGCAUUUGGCUUCCAACUCUGCUUUUGGUUGGCACAAUAUGAAUAAUAUGCUUACCCG